UCGAUUGCUGUUUUACGUGAAGCUGUCGGCAAUUCAAUUGCGGAUGCAUCGUUGCAUUUGCCAUCUUCGCAGGUUGGUUUCCAUCGAUAACACUCACUUCUAA